CUUUGAGACAGCCGGGACGACUCGAUCUCUCAGCCGUUCAAAAAGCAACAGAGAAAAUUCCCGAUGUAAACACAAUUUACUUCAUACUUAUCUACAUAUUUCGCAAGAUUGCAAAUUAUUCAAUUCUACGGGAACAACGGGAAACUCUCUGUCCUAGUUUAAGAAAUGGAACCACCCACUCUAAAAAAUCCAUACGUCCGCCUCCAUCGGGACCCUUCCAUAAACAAAUUUCCCCUUCCUCCCCCCACCCCCAUCGAAAAGACCAAUUUCUGCCUCAUUUGCGGGGGACACUCUUCUUCUGUCGACGCCGGCGACGCCAUCCUCAGCAGUCGCACCUUGAACGAAUCUCUUAUUUUAAAGGUGUCCUCACCUCCUCGCGACCCUUUCGAGCCACCUUGUCGCCCAGAAAAUACAAUAAUUUCAUGUCAAACACGUCCACGUGUGAGGAUUGUUUCGCCCUCGUUCGCGACAUUUGGAGGAUGCACAGACGAAUUAUUUCUGCACAGAAGGAGCUCGACGCUUUAGUGGAGAAAGGCCGGGGCAGAUUUAUCCAGGCGGAGAAGAAAGUGAGGAGGAAAUGCAGCCGGAUUGAAUCGUUACACUCGCCAAACUCUAGCGACAAUAAUUCCGAAAAAGAAGUCGUAAAAUCGGAAAUACUUUAUGACCAAGAAGAUGGAAACCAAGCCAAAAAAGACAACAGUGAUUUCGAGGAAGUCAUAUUUCCCGAGGAAAAUUCGCAAGAAAAUUCUGAACCCGACGGAACGAUCGAAGUCGAAAUUUGUGAAACAAUUGGGGACGAUAAUUAUUCACAAAGUGCAUCAUCAUCCAGUGACGAAGAACAAGAUGAUUCGCAAUCCCUCAAUAAUUCCAGUGGUGACGACGAAGGUUCCGAUUUCGCUUCCUCCUCCGAUGAAGAAUACGAAGGUGAUACGAGAAGUGCAAAAAAUCCGCGAAAAAAAAGUUUGCAUAAAAGAAAACGUUCCCGUGGGAAAUAUUUAUGCUCAUCCUGCGGGAAAGAGCUGCAAAGUCGGAAGGCCCUGGUUGCCCAUGAGCUCAGAGUUUGCCACGUGCCCGUCGAGAAGAGAUCGGAGGACUCGGGGACUUCACACUGCACGAGUGCGCCACCUGCGGAGAUAAGUUCCUCGACCAGAAAGAUUUGACGAGGCAUUAUCUCACUCACUCCACCCUAAAAGCGGUGACCUGCCCGAAAUGCGGGCGAUCUUUCAAACACCCCGCCAACCUCGCCACCCAUCGUAAAUUGUCUUGUCAAGCGGUCCAAAUUGACGCCGACGUGCGGAAAAGACGGCUCGACCGAGACGCCCUCCAGCGGUCCUCGUGCACCCAAAAGUGCCCCCACUGCCCCCGAAGGUUCCCCUCCGCCCCCAAACUGGCCGCCCACGUAAAAAAGGAACACCCCGAGGGAACCCAAGCCGUCGAAAAAUUCGCCAUCUGCGAAAUCUGCGGCGCUUCCAUAUCCGCCAAGCGCGCCUCAAACAUGAGCGAACACGUGAGUCGGGUCCACUUAAAAGUGGCGCGAUCAACUUGUAACAAAUGCGGGAAAGGAUUUUUCAAUAAGCUCGAAUUAGCGAGUCAUUUGAAAGUUGGGUGCGACAAGAAAGGCGCCGGAAAGCGGAAAAGAAAGCGACCACUCCCCCGAGUGGAAGGGGAUGAGGAGGAAAUGAAUGCAGAAUAAUUUUGUGAGCAUGCGCAGCACAAUAAAUAAUUUGAGAAUUAUCACACAGUUUUUAGUCUUUUUCGAAUAAAUACUAUACAAAUAGAAUUUUAUACUCCAAUGAAUAAAUGAGAAAAUUAUUGAGAUUCCUUGCUGAUUA